AUGAAGACUGCCGCUGUCGCCACCUCCAUCCUGGCCUCUGCCAUGGCCGUUUCGGCCCAGGACAUCCAGUCCAAGCCCUUUAACAUCCAGCUCACGUCCGAUGACUCCACCGUCAACGACAAGUACAUCGGCGCCUGCCACUCUGGUGCCGCCAUCGAGAGCCUCUGCCUGACCGACCGCCCGGUCACGAUGCACCUCAACUCCACCAGCGAGCAGAACCUCGACAACGGUCUCCUGACUUGGCUGCUGCCCUCCAACCUCCCCGUCGACUCUGCCAUGCACCUCGUCGCCGACCCCUCUUCCAACGUCGCCCAGGCUGUCUUCUACCCCGGUCCUAGCGACGGCCAGUACGUCCAGUUCACCGACGACAAGCUCGCCCUCUUCUCCGGCAUCGACGACACAAAGGUCCCCAUCGAGGCUGGCACGCCCAAGCCCAUUGAGAACUGGUACAUCUGCGACUCCUACUACUCGUCGUACCGCUACAAGACCCUCAGCUGGGUCUACGGCAAGGCCGGCCCCCAGAACCCUACCUGCGUCAAGGUCACGGUCAAGCGCAACUUUGAGUAG